AUGUCGCCAGACAAUUUCAAUUGGGACCGCACCAAGAAGAGCAAUACAACGAGAACCAUUCAUGCCUACUCAAAUGCACCAUUCAUCGAGUUGUUUGUCAAGAUUGCUUCCCAAGGAAUAAAGCCCGUUGGCACCAUGGUCCUAGGCGAAGGAUCGUAUGCUGCGGAAUUCGAAGACGUGGAAUGGAAGGCGUAUUGUUCUCUUGCAGCUGUUGCUCGGAUGGAAGAAGAUGACGACGUUGCAGUAUCCACAGAAGUCACAACUUGUGGUCCUCCAUUCGCUUUGAGAUUGAGUAUCCAUCGCCCUUUGUCUCACACUGGAACAGAAAGUGCCCUCUUUUUGAAUGGUCAAGAUGCGGCACUGAUCCGAGCCGCAGAUGCAACUGGCCAGAUGGUACUACACAUGGCUAAUCGUAAAAAUGUCUCCUUUCCCAUUGUGAGCGGACCAGGAGAGAUCCAAGGAAGUGUGCGGCAAUCCAAAAUCAUACAAAGCCAACAAUGCUCCGUGGCACAUUGCAAAUCACGGAUUGGUCCGAGCAGUAGCCCGCGUCCGAUUCCACCAAAAUGUCUUGUCGGCUCGACCAUCCGUCACAUACAGUUUUUUCAAAUCCCAUCAAAUCGAAUUGGCCAUAGGUACUCGACACUGUCUUUCCGGCCGAAGGAGGUUCUCUAUAAUAGUAAAAAAUGUCCAGACAAAGGUUUGUUCCAAUUACCGGGCAUUGAAAGCACCUUGAUCAUAAGGCAUAACGCUAAAGUUCACAAGGAAAGAGAGGCGCAGUGA